AUAGUGCGAAAAAAUCUCAUUCCGGCAUGCGUCUUAACUGUAAACAUAGGAAUCAAAUUAAAUUUUUAUUACAGCUUAUUAAUAAUAAUGCUUAAUGAAAAUUUGUUGUUAAUGUAGAAAAAUUAAUCAAAGUUAUAAACAAGAUGAACGAGUAUAAAAAGCACGAGACUGUUUCAGAUUUGAAAGGAACAAAUAUUUUUGAGGGUGAAGCUUCUGAAAGUGACGAUGAAUACUCAGGAGUUAGUUCAAAUGUCAAGCACACUGAGUCAAAGUUAGAAUCAAAGGUACCAGAAAGUCCUGGUAGUACAGGUCUUAGUAGUGGUGUUGUUGUUUCUGGUGAGGCUUCAGAGAGUGAUGAUGAUAUUGAUGAUUAUAUGAUAUCUGAUCAAAUAGGUCAUGAAUUUGAAAUAUCUAAUGGUAUGACUAUUUCAUUAGAAAUAAAAAAGCCAAAGUUUGAGUCGUUGUUUCACAAAAAGCUUUGGGAAAAAAAUUUUUCAUUUCGCCAUGGUGUUGUUGAACAUCAGUUAGAACAUUAUGCAACUCUCAUCAAUAAACUUAAAGCAUUUAUACCUUCAUCUAAUCGUUCACAAAAUUUUGCUCAGGACGCUUUGAAAGAUUACAGAGUAAUAUCUAAUCUAACGAAACAUCUAAAUGAUAACCUAGAAAAUGUUUUGGGUCAGGUCAACAUUCCAAUUUUAGUAGAAGACGUUUCUUUAUGUUAAUCGAUUUUUUUAAAACGUUUAAUGAGCUUUUAAA